AUGUACCAACGGCCCGAGAGUGUUAAUUCAAUUGCUAGAGACAUUGAUAACCUGUUUGGAUUUGACUGGGUUUACCAAGACUCCCAUAUAUGGAUGCAACGAUGCUUUGUUCUCAACAACAGUAGGGUGAAUCCUCCUAAGAUGGCGCAGUCAGGGUUACCUACCCCUGGGUUUUGUUGUCAUGUCAAUCAAAAAGGAGGUUUUGAGGGGAUGCGCCAGAAACUGUGGACCAUUGGUACCUUCUGCACAAUACUCACAGUAGCUUAUGAACUUGGUAUUCGUGUCAGUGUGUUAGGACAAGGAGAUAAUCAAGUCAUUGUUACAUCUUACACAGAAGCACAGAGAGAACAAAAGUUGAGAAUGCGCGCACAAUUCCUCCAUCGAUUGGAACAAGCAUUCGGAGAACAAGGACUAAUUUUAAAACUCUCCGAAACCUGGAUAUCCACAAGACUAUUAGAAUACGGAAAGAAAAGGUGGUUUUUGGGCGCUCCUGUCCCAUCAGGCACAAAACGUGCAACACGCAUAAUAUCUGAGGAGGGUGAUGGAGUCCCGACAUUUGAGGUGGCACUUGGUAUGUUGGCGACUUCAACCGAGAAUAUAUCCGCUUCAGAUACCUCUCCAGAUGCUGCCUUUAUCCUCUAUGUGGCGGAGGUGGUUAGCUUGCUAUGCCGCAGGAAUAUUGUGCUCGUUUCUACACCUGUACACGUAGUGGUCGCAAUUUGUUGUUGGCCGAACAUAUUAGGAGGACUUAUACUCUCGACGUUGCCAAACCAUACUAUUCGAGGGUUUGAUGAUGCUCUCACUAUCUGGCUAUCUAUCUACCGGACAAUAUCCCAGCACUGUCCGUCUGUCUGGCAGGUGCUCCAAUAUCUCAUACCCCUGAAGAAUAAGCCCCUCAGAGACUAUACAAGACUAGUAGAGGACAUCUUCUCUCUGAAUAUCCCUACCUUACAAACAGCUUCUCUGGUGAUUACAGAUAAGCGUGAUUCAGAUGAGAAAUCCACUACCGAGUUCGGGGAUACUCCAAUCAUUUAUAGCAUCAGAGCCUUGUACUUAUCAGAUGGCUCGGAAAAUUAG